AUUUUGGUACAUGAUUUUUACCAACAUGGCCGAUACCAGUGAAAUACAACGUGGGUCUGGAAAGUAUAGUGAAAAGAUGGCAGGAAACAAUGAUCUUCAGUUUUAUUCCAGUGAGGAUGAGGCUCCAGAAGAAGUAACUUUUGAGGAUUCAAAAAAAUCUGCUUUGCAGAGCGUAAAAGACGCGUUGGAGGCUAGCAGAAGAGAGAAGAAGACAUUGAAAGACAAGCGAAGGAAAAAGCAAGAGCUCUUUUUAGAGCAAAAGAAACGCAGACUUCUUCCUGAUGACGUUUUGAAGGAAAUUGACGCACAAGAUAUAAAGAAAGACGCACUGCCGUGUAGUGAACAAAAUGAAGAGGGAAAGGAAGUAGCAACCUCAAGCGAUAUUAAACCGAUUCAAGGAAAAGCACGGAGUUUACAGGCAAAUUGUAGUGUAACGAGAGUAAGGGACCAGUAUGCAGCCAGUUCUCAGCAGAAAGUGGCCAUGGACUUUGUCCAAUCUCGGUUGUAUGGACAAGGACUUCGACGGACAACAAACAGCGAACUUCUGUCACUGGACAGUAAGAAAGGGGCCAACAGAGGUGCUGCAUUCCAGUUUGUUAAUAAAAAACUAAGCACUGUGGAGAGGGCAAAGGCCAAAAAAGGCAACCAGAGGUGGAUGCACAAGAAGAAGCUCAUGAGUACAUGAGCGUGUGAACGGGAAUGAGAGACCAAACGCCGAGAAACAGAAAGGCAGCGCUCGCCUUUCUCUUUGACCUUCUCUUUGGGUUUGUGAUGUAAUCACAUGUCAAGAAGACCGGUCACAGGCCCGACAUGUCUGGAUUUACCCUCCAAUUGUUGGACAAUUUGAACUUUUUGAAUCUGCAACAAGUGGAUAUCAUUGUCUUCAAUUACACUUGGUUGUAAGGUGUUGGUUUAUUGUUUAUAUUGGUUGCCCCAUGAAGGCUUUAUAAAUAAUACAGCUUGUUGAACUGAU